UAGGAUGCCUGCAUGUGCAGCUAUUAACUGCACAAAUCGCCAGUUCAAAGGCUGUGGACGAACAUUUCACCUAAAUGCGCAGGUGGCUAAAUAUCGUCAGAAAAUCCAACGCUGACGACGCCCCGCUGUGACGUCACGACGCACUGGCGUUGUCGAAGUUUGACAAGUCACGCCGCUGACGCAGUCACGUAGUGUACGUACAGCGGUUCAAAGAGGAAGCAAGAUGGCGGAUAACAAAGACGCCGAUGAUAUGGAACCGUCACAUAACGCGGAGUCAGUUCCCUCGGCACAGGACAACGAACAUACCGAGAUUCAACCCGAAACUGCGCUUUUGGUCGUAGAAAGCGAUACUAAGGAAACGGAAGAGGCAGAACCACGUUUUCCCUCUAACGAGACGCCAACAACAACAAGCACCACCACGGGAGACGGAGGGGAGGUUAGCAUCAGCAAUGUUAGCGGCAGCUGCAGUACCAUCGACGCGAGCCCCAUGGGAACCAACGCGGAGCCGGGUACCGCCGACGUUCCAGUUCCAGUUCCAGUUCCAGUUCCAGUUCCAGUUCCAGUUCCAGCUCCAGCUCCAGCUCCAGUUCCAGCUCCAGCUCCAGCCCCAGCCCCAGCCCCAGCCCCGACCCUAGCCACGGCCCCGGCCCCGGCCCCUGCCCCUACCCCUGCCCCUGCCCCUGCUCCGGCUUCGGCUCCUGACCCGGACCCGGCCCCGGCCACAGCCCCGGCCGCCAGCGAUACCGCAGUCAACGCUCUUGCCACGGAAAUGUCCCCCCCUCCCACAGCUCCAGCUGCAACACCUGUGCCACUUAAUUUAUUGGAUACGUGCGCAGUGUGUAAACAGAGUCUUCAGAGCCGAGACCCAAAACUUCUGCCAUGCCUGCACUCGUUUUGCCUGAAAUGUAUCCCGCAGCCAGACAGGCAGAUCAGCGUGCAGGUACCUGGACCACACGGGCAAACAGACACACACAUUGUCAAUGUGAUGCGAUGCUCAGUGUGCCACCAGGACUACAAACAGAAUGAUAUUAUCAACAACUACUUUGUUAAAGAUACCUCAGAGACCACCAGCACAUCUGAUGAAAAGUCUGAACAGGUGUGCACAAGCUGUGAGGACAACGCUGGAACCAUAGGUUUUUGCAUGGAGUGCGGAGAAUGGUUAUGCAAGACUUGUGUGGAGGCUCACCAGAGGGUCAAAAUAACCAAAGACCACAAGAUUCGCACAAAAGAGGAUGCUGACACAGGCUCCGAGUCCAUGGGCACAUCCGACCGCAGGCUUGUUUUUUGUCCCAUACACAAGCAAGAACCACUAAAGCUCUAUUGUGAGACCUGUGACACUUUGACCUGUAGGGACUGUCAGCUGCUGGAGCACAAGGAGCAUAGGUACCAGUUUCUAGAGGAGGCUUUUCUGAACCACAGAGGCCUCAUUGAGUCCUCCAUGGGCAAACUGCAGGAGAAGAAGAACUAUGUCCACUACUCAGUCUCUCAAGUACAAAACAGGUUAAAAGAGCUGAAUGACACUCAUAAGAAGGUCGAACAUGAAAUCAAGAUUGCGGUGUUCACUCUGAUAAAUGAGAUCAACAAGAAGGGCAAGUCCUUGCUACAGCAGCUGGAGACUGUGACCAAAGAGCGCAGUGCGAGGCUGAUGGCCCAGCAUAAGGAUAUCGGCCAGCUUGCCCAGCAGAUCCACCACGUGCUCAACUUCUGCCAUUGGGCCAUCUCGACUGGCAGCAGCACAGCACUGCUGUAUAGCAAGAGGCCGAUUCUGUUUCAGCUCCGCCAGCUCUUCAAGGCGAGAAUAGAGCCAGUGCCGAUGUCCAAUGGAGAAGUGCGAUUUUUCUGUGACCCCACCUUCUGGGCCAAAAAUGUGGUAAAUCUAGGUAAUCUGGUCAUUGAGAAGCCACCUCCGCCGACGCAGCUGCCCGUACAGCCACCCACUUCGCCAGGCCAAGGUCAUCCUGGCAAACACCCAGGCCAGAUCAGCCUGGCCCAGUUGAACCGUAUGAACCAAUUGCGGGAAGCAGGCUUUGUUCCAAAGCCGCCUCAGCAGCAACAGCAGCCGCCGCUGCACCAGCAGCACCAACAGAACCAUCAGCACCUCCAGCACCAUCAGCACCAUCAGCACCAACAGCAGCAGCAGCAGAUGCAGCAACAGAUGCGCCUUGCUUCCCAAAUAUCCCAACAACUUCCCAGACCAACUGCCCCGCCCAUGGUUCCGCAGCAGCCUCCCAGGCUCAUCAGUAUGCAGCAGCUCGCACGAGGGCCAAUGGUCCUAAAUGGUGGACCCAUUCCCUCCAUGUAUUCCUCGUCGCACCACAUGCGUCUACCAGGUCCACCACAGAGUAGGAUGCCCUCAGCACAGCUCAGGCAAAACGGACAGCAGUAUCCUAGCAUGAUGCAGCCUCACUUACAGCGGCAGAUGUCGUUAGACUCUGAGAUGAGCCACCAAAGAUUUCGUUUCUUACUGCAAUCAGGGCAUUCAAACCCAGGCCAUGCAGGACCUUUCCCAGUGGCGUCGGGCCACAAUGCGAACCCUACCAGUCCCACCAGUGCCAGUAUGGCCGGAGCCCACAGUCACAGAGGUCCUGCCAGCCCUGUCAUUGGUCCCAUCGAGCUCAUCCCCUCAGUCACCAACCCGGAGAACCUGCCCUGCCUCCCUGAGAUCCCGCCCAUUCAGCUGGAGGAUGCAGGCUCCAGCAACCUCGGCCACCUCCUGUCUCGCUACAUCACGGCCAGCACGCAGCAGCAGCAGCAGCUGUCAGGCUCACUAGACAUGAACCCCUCACCUGGACUUUCCACACACUCGCCUGGAUCCUCAGGUCUUUCCAAUGCACACACGCCAGCGCGACCCUCCAGCACAUCCAGCACAGGCAGCAGAGGCAGUGUUAGCUCGGCAGGGAAGACUGUGUCAGGAGGGGCAGCUGCUGUGGAGCAAGUGCGGGUGAAACAGGAGCCCGAUGUGGAUGACAGCCAUGGCUGUCCAGGUUCUUCCAUGAAGACAGAGCUCGGAGCAAACGGUGGGAGGAGUGCCUGCAUGAUGAGCAGUCCUGAGAACAGCGCCUUAGGGGAGCGCAUCAAAACAGAGCCCCAGUCUGAGACCUCUUGUUCUGGGCUUAACAGCUCCGGUGUUGCCCCCUCAUCCUCCUACACUUUGUCCACACAGCUCACUAAUGGAAAAGCGGCCAAGGGGCAGGGUGCGGAUGGUGUUGGCAGUAAAGAGGACGACCCCAAUGAAGACUGGUGCGCGGUUUGCAUCAAUGGCGGCGACCUGCUGUGCUGUGACCGCUGUCCUAAAGUGUUCCACAUGAAAUGUCAUGUGCCCACCAUUAAAAUCUUCCCCAAGGGGGAUUUUCUCUGCACAUUUUGCCGGAGUAUAUUGAGUCCGGAGAUUGAGUACUGUGACGACAGCAAGAAAGUCAAAGGAGAGAAAGUCCUCAAUCCAGAGGACCAGAGGCGAUGUGAGCGCCUCCUGCUGUACAUCUUCUGUCAUGAGCUCAGUGUGGGUUUCAGGGAGCCAGUCCCCAGCUCUGUGCCGAACUACUAUCGAAUCAUCAAGAGCCCUAUGGACCUGAAGAAGGUAAAGAAAAAGCUACAGCUGCGGAGCUCCAUAUACUACAAGACCACCCAGGAGUUUGUAUCCGACAUGCGCAUGGUCUUCAAAAACUGUGCAAAGUAUAAUGAGAUGUCUCGAAUAAUCCGGGUUUAUGAUGACGACAAACCCAUUAAUACACAGGAAGGAUCAGAGAUGGCGGUCUCCGGUAAGGCGGUGAGCCUGUACUUUGAGGAGAAGCUGCAGGAGAUCUUCCCGGGACAAAGCUUCCCCGAUUUGCCUGAUGGCGAUGCCACAGAGGUAGAGGAUGGGAAUGCGGAGGAAACUGAGGACUCUGAGGACGACUUUGUUCAGCCGAGACGCAAACGGUUAAAAACGGAUGAGAAGGUGGUCCACAUCAAGUGAGGACGGACGACACGAGGGGGUGAGGGGGGGGCAACUCUUCCUCAAAUCCCCCCUAUUUUCUGAUGAAAAGGACAAACGGAACAGCUUUGAACUGUUGUACUGACAUUUGUGGAAAAAGAGAAAAGACUGCCUUCGUCAGAACUGUCAACAGUUUCAUAAACAUGUACAACCUUGCCUGUUUGAAGUUAUUUUACAGCAACAUCAAGGACUUCUUAUUUUCAUUUGUAUAUUAUGGCAUUUGUGUCAUGAAACCACCGGUUCGAGUGUAAGAUACAGUAUUUUGUUUUUAGCACAUGGAGAAAUGUCAAAUGUUGACUUGAUGACUAUUGUGGGAAACAUUGUGUGCAUAAGAGACUUUAGCUCCACUGAAUGGAAGUACAGGUAUUCCUGCAGUAUUCAUCGUUGGAUGCAUCCUCAAUAAACAGCUGUUCAUGAAAUAUAUUAAAAGAAAAUGUAUGUUGUGGAAUGCUGAGCUGGUGAGUCAUUGUUUGGCAUUCUGCAGACUGAUUUUGGGUUGUUUCUAAACUCAGGCCAGCUUUAUAUUUUGAACUAAUAGUGAGCAUUUUGUAAUCACAAAUGGGCAAAAAAUAUUUUGUCAAAACAGUCAACAAAUUUGUAGUUUGCUAACUAGGUGGAGCAACUUCACUCUUUGAUGUUUGUGUAAAAUGGGUUUAUUUUUCAAGAUUCAAGAUUCAAGAGAGUUUUAUUGUCAUGUGCAUGGUAAAACAGCAGUUAUACCAUGCAAUGAAAAUCUUAUUCUGUUCUCAAGCUGCUGGGCCUCCCUUGAAGUCUUUUGGUGCCUCACAAUGUUAAAGCCCCCCACGAACAUUCAGGUGUCCAGUGGCUUACAUUGUGGUUGUCUCCAAGCAUGCAUAUCAAGUUAUUUUUUAAUUAAUUUACCUUUCAGGGGCUUAUUGAGAUACUGUAUGGCAAGCAGGCUGAUGUUUUAUAAGCUGUAAUCACGUG